AUCUGCCACUUUUUUUUGAUUUGAGUCGGUACUACGUCACAUGGUGAAGGGACUCUGACAUCACCCAAUCUUCUCCCCCUCACCCCCACCUGCUUUUGCAUCCUUCAUGCAGUGAUGCAUUAUGAGGACCACUAACUUAACUUAUCUCUCAACCUUCGUUAGUAACCAAGAACUGCCCAUCUGCAGUGAGACCCAUCCGGCAAUGCAACUCCGAGCCAGAUUCGAACAUUAGACCACCACAUAUAUAGAGCCUAGCCAGGAAUUGAUUUGCAUCUGCUUCUACUACGAUUACUACUACCCCUCUCUACAAUUGCUUAGAUCUCCUCCCAUCUCGUACCUCCAUAAUCUCCCUCCUCCCUCUCUUUCACAAUUAAUUUCACAAUGCCCCGCAAAUCAAUCCUCUCCGUCAACGCCGGUUCCUCCUCGGUCAAGCUCACCUUCUACACCUUCGAGCAGAAUCCCAAAGUGAUUGCGACCGCCCAGGUCUCCGGUAUCACCGCCCCACCAGCCAAGCUGAAGUACACCUGCGGCACGAAGAAUCACACCGAGGAGAUCAAGGAAAGCGUCGGCACCCCGCAGGAUGCCUUCAAGUUCCUCCUCAACCGCUGCGUCUCCGACCCGGAGCUGUCGGAAGUCGGCAGCAGUGACGAUCUGGCGUAUAUCUGCCAUCGCGUUGUCCACGGCGGCGACUACGACUCUUCCGUGGUGAUUACCGACGAAACCUACCACCACUUGGAAAAAUUGGAGGAUCUGGCUCCUUUACAUAACUUCUCGGCCUUGGAGAUCAUCCGUCAUUGCCGGAAUGAGAUCCCCGAUGUGAAGAGCGUCACCUUCUUCGACUCCGCAUUCCAUCAGACAAUCCCCGAGCAUGUGCGCACGUAUCCAAUCGAUCCGGAGAUUGCCAAGUCCAAGGGUCUCCGGAAGUAUGGCUUCCACGGCAUCAGUUACUCCUAUAUCCUGCGAUCGGUGGCGCAGUUCCUCGACAAGCCCAUUGAGCAGACUAGUGUGAUCGCAAUGCAUAUUGGAAGUGGUGCGUCGAUGUGCGCGAUCAAGGAUGGGAAAUCGGUCGAUACCACGAUGGGCUUGACUCCCCUAGCUGGACUGCCGGGAGCGACAAGAAGCGGCGACAUUGACCCAUCGCUCGUAUUCCAUUACACAAGCGAAGCCGGCAAAUUGAGCCCGGCCAGCACCAAAGAGAUGCACAUUAGCACGGCCGAAGAGAUCCUCAACAAGAAGUCUGGGUGGAAGGCUCUGACCGGCACGACCGACUUCUCCCAGAUCGCCGUGGAGAACCCCCCGAGCCCCAGCCACCAGCUCGCCUUUGACAUCAUCGUGGAUCGCAUCCUUGGCUACAUUGGCAACUACUACCUGAAAUUGGGCGGCAAAGUCGAUGCGCUCGUGUUCGCCGGAGGCAUUGGUGAGAAGAGCGCUCUUCUGCGCAAAGCGGUGGUCGAGCGAUGCCAGUGUCUUGGAUUUGCGGUCGAUGAGGCCGCCAACGACAAGGGCCCGAGCGAGGAGCAGACGGUGGUGGAUGUCUCUAAGAAUGGCGGUUCUCAGGGGCCGCGGGUGUUGAUUUGCCAGACCGACGAACAGUACGAAAUGGCACACGGAUGUGUUGAGAAAUAUGGCACGGAUUCCAGCUCGUGAUCGAUGAUGUCUUAACUUGG